CCGCGCGCGGCCAAUGGGCGGGUGGCGAGGGCUGCCCCGGAGGCAGCGCGGGAGAGCGUAGAGCGGCGGCGGCAUGAGCGGCGAGCGGGAGAUCCGGCAGCUGCAGAAGGCGCAGGCGCGGGCGCGGCGCGGGGGGCGCCCCCAGGAGGAAGCUGCCGUCUGCAACCAGCUGGGGGAGGCGCUGGCCCGACAUGGGCGGUACCACGAGGCGCUGGAGGAGCACCGGCAGGAGCUGCGCCUGCUGGAGAGCGCGGGGGACGUGCUGGGCUGCGCCGUGGCUCACCGGAAGAUCGGGGAGCGCCUGGCCGAGCUGGAGAGCUACGACGCGGCGCUCAAGCACCAGCGCCAGCACCUGGAGCUGGCCCGCUCCCUCGCCAACCACGCCGAGCAGCAGAGAGCCUGGGCCACCAUCGGCCGCACCUACAUGUUCAUCGCCGACAGCAGCCAGGCGGGCGAGGCGCUGCGGGAGGCCGAGCAGGCCUUCACGAGGAGCCUGGCCAUCGUGGACGAGAGGCUGGAAGGUAACGCGGUAACGGGCCAGCUCGCAUGUGCCGCAGGGGAGGUGCCGCCGCGGGAGCGGAGCGAGAUGCGGGCACGGCUCUAUCUCAACCUGGGGCUGGUCUACGACAGCCUGAAGGACCAGGGCCAGUGCAGCCAGUACAUCAGGAAGAGCAUCUUCAUCUCAGAACAGAGCCGUCUCUUCGAGGACCUGUACCGCGCCUACUUCAACCUGGGCAACAUCCACCUGCGCGAGGAGCAGCACUCCAAGGCCAUGCGGUGCCUGGAGGGGGCACGGGAGUGCGCCCGCACCAUGAAGGAGAAGGGCCUGGAGAGCGAGUGCUGCGCCAGCAUCGCCCAGGUGCUCCUCGGCCUGGGGGACUUUGUGGCAGCCAAACGCUCGCUGCGGAAGGCCCACCAGCUGGGCUCGCAACAGCCCCAGCAGCGAGAGAGCAUCCUCCGGAGCCUGCGCUACGCCACGAAGGCCAGCCGCCUGCAGGAGGCCCUGGAAGAGGCGGCGACGAGCGAUCCGCAGGCAGCUCUGGGCCUGUGCGAGCAGCUGGGCGACCUGUUCUCCAAGCAUGGGGACUAUCGGCGCGCCGUGGAGGCCUACGAGAGGCAGCUCCGAUACGCUAAGACCCUGCAGAGGCCGGAGCAGGAGCUGGCCGUGAUCCAUGUCUCGCUGGCUGCCACCUUCGGGGACCUGAAGGAGCACGUGCAAGCCGUGCGGCACUACGAGGCCGAGCUGACUCUACGUCAGGGCAUCCCACUGGAGGAAGGGAAGACGUGGCUGAACAUCGCCCUGGCCAAGGAGGAGGCUGGGGAGGCCUACCCGGCACUGGAGUCCUGUCUCCGCAGCGCGCUGGACUGUGCCGAGAGGGCCGGCGAGCCCCGGCUGCAGCGGCAAGUCCUGCAGCACCUGCUCGCGGUGCAGCAGAAGGCGGGCAGUGCCGAGGCUGCCGACACGCUGGCCAGGCUGGAGGCCGUGGCUGGGGGCAGCACCGAGGAGGAAGAGGAGCCAGAGUGCAGUGAGCCCCUGGAAGAGAGUGACCUGGAGCUGUCAGAGAGCGAGGGGGAGGAGGACGACCUGGACGGCUACAGCAAGAGUGUGCCCAGCCGCCGCAGGAUCAACAAGUGGAACCGGCGGAACGAACGUGGCGAGACCCCGCUGCACCGCGCCUGCAUCGAGGGGGACCUGCGCCGUGCCCAGCUCCUCCUGGGGCAGGGUCACCCUCUGAACCCACGGGAUUACUGCGGCUGGACCCCCCUGCACGAGGCUUGCAACCACGGGCACGUGGAGAUCGUCCGCCUGCUGCUGGAGCACGGGGCCGCCAUCGACGACCCGGGGGGGCCGGGCUGCGAGGGCAUCACCCCCCUGCACGAUGCCCUCAGCUGUGGCCACUUUGACGUGGCUGAGCUGCUGAUCCAGAGUGGAGCGUCGGUGGUGCUGAGGAACGCCAAGGGGCUGAACCCGCUGGAUACCCUCAAGGACUGGGUGAGCCUGUAUGGCCGGGACCUGGACCAGGAGACAUGGAUGAACUGCCGUGCCAUGGAGCGCCUGCUCAGGGACGCCAUGGCAGGCCGAGCGACGCAGCCCCCGCAGUCGUCCCAGGACAGUCAGCUCUUCGACCCAGAGCUCUCGGAGCCUUUGACUCCCCGCUCCUCUGCUCCCGCCACCCGGCCCCAGAGCGGGGGAACCUCCAAGCAGCCGCCUGCACCAUCCAGGGUCCCGAGCGAGCAUGGGGGGGACGGGCCAGAGCCCCGUGGGCCUCAGUGGAGCUGGCUGGAGCACGGUGAGGAGCAGGACACCUGCAUGACCCCGCUGAGGCCUAUCAAGAAGAGGCAGCGGCUCCUGGCCCCGCGGGUGCUGGAGGAUGAGCAGACCCGGACCCCCGGGUUCCUUGAGCAGGAGGAGCUGGAGCCGCGGGUGCCCAGGAGCGGCCAGGCCGAAUACCAAGCAGCCAUCCGCAACCUGGGCAGCGCCCAGUCCCUCCGCCCCCGGAGCCCAGAGUGGGGUCUGCCUGAGCCCACGGCCCGGCCGGCCCUCAUCCCGACUGACCAGUAUGUGGGGGACGACUGGCUGGAGGAUGACGUGGGGGCGAGCCGCAGGGGCCGCAAGCGGAGCCGCAGGGGCCUGGCUGAGCUGCGCUGGGACUCGGGGGACAGUACAGGACCCGAGAGCGACAGCGGGGGCCCCUGCCCACCCACGCCCCCCCGGCCCAGGAGGGUCAGGCAGAGCCGCCUCACCCGCAUCGUGGAGAGGACCCUGCUGGGCCGCUCGCGUGGGGGCAGCGCCCUGGGGGCCGCCCAUCCCGCCACCCCCAGGCUGACUGACAGCAGCAGCAGAGCCAAUGACAUGGGGGGCAGUGGAGAGAGCCCACCCCCACAGGUGACCGUCACACAGCCCCCGCCACCACCCCCCAUCCGUGUGCGGGUGCGUGUCCAGGAUAACGUCUUCCUUAUCCCUGUGCCCCACAGCGGCAGCGAGAGCCGCCCGGUGUCGUGGCUGGCGGGGCAGGCGGCCGAGCGCUACUACCAGACAUGCGGGCUACUGCCGCGGCUCACCCUGAAGAAGGAGGGGGCUCUGCUGGCCCCCCAGGACCUCAUCAUGGACGUCCUGCAGAGCAACGAGGAGGUACUCGCGGAGGUGCAAUCCUGGGACCUUCCCCCGCUCCUGGACCGGUACCGGAAGGCCUGUCAGAGCCUGGACGUGGGGGAGCACCCGCUGCUAGUGAAGGUCCUGGGGCAGCAGGAGCAGGGCCCCUCGCUGGGUGCCUGCGGGUUUGCGCUGCGCCAGACCCAGCUCACCCCGCUGCUGCGCGCCCUCAAACUGCAGACCCCACUGCGGCAGCUGAGGCUCUCUGGGAACACCUUGGAUGACAGCGUGGCCGGUGAGCUGCUGGCCACACUGGGCACCCUGCCCCACCUAACCCUCCUCGACCUCUCGGACAACCAGCUGGGUGCCGAGGGGCUCCGCAAGCUGGUCCCGGAGCCAUCUGGACCCACGGCCUUCCAGAGCCUGGAGGAGCUGGAUCUCAGCCUGAACCCCCUGGGGAAUGGCAGCACCUGGGCCCUGGCCUCGCUGGUCCAAGCCUGCCCGCUGCUGACCACUCUCAAGCUGCAGGGCUGUGACUUCACGAGAGCGUUCCUGCAGCCCUACCGCUCCCUGCUGGCCACUGCCUUGAGAGCUGUGCACUUGAAGACCCUCGUCAUCUCCCACAACACCCUGGGCUCCGCCGGACUGGAGCUGCUUCUGCAGAGCCUGCCCUGCACCACCCUCAGCCACCUGGACGUCAGCUCCGUGGUCACCAAGAUGGAGGAGCAGCCUGUCGUGGACCCCGUGGCCCGGUACCUGACGCAGGACGGGUGCGUGCUGACGCACCUGAGUCUGUCUGGGAACCACCUGGGCGAUGAGGCGGUCGCAGAACUGGCCAGGUGCCUCCCUCUUUGUCCAAGUCUGACCUCGCUGGAUUUGUCUGCAAACCCCAGCAUCAGCAUCACGGGCCUGCGGACACUGCUCUCAGCCACUGGGGAGAGGGACCGGGAGCUGCGCUACCUGGGCCUGGCAGGCUGCGGCGUGCGUGGCCCGCUGGACUGUACAACGUGGAGCCGGCUCUCGGCGGCCGUGCGCGAUCUGCGGCUCUGCAGCCGGCUCCUGAGCCGAGGCGACCAGCAGGACGUGGGCGAGCUGUGGCGCAGUCCAGCCGACACCUCGCUGCGCACGGUCACGAGGCACCGCAAGCUCUUCUGCCGGAGCCUGUGGGGAGGACCCGGCCCCCUUCGGGCCCCGGCCACGGAGCUUCGGAGCCACGGUGAAGCACCCGCAAGGACAAGCUCCACUUCCUGAACCACCGGCAUCAGGUCUUCCUGGAACGGACACGCUCCAGGUCGUGGGAUGGGGCCUGCACCGGGCUGCAGGGAGGGAGGUGCAGGCCAGGCUCGGAUGUCCCAGGCUCCUUGGGGCCUUUUUAGCUUCCCGGCGGCCAGCACCUCCCCUGCCUGAGGGAGAUGGGAGGUGAGUUCCUUGCACCCUCGUGCGCCUGCGGGAGUUGGUCGGACACUUGGCUGCAUCCAGGGCCAGCUGCUGUGACACAAGGCGACAGAGACUGUUGCCCUGCCGUUGCCCAAGGCAGGCGGCUCAGGUCGUGAGUGGCUGCCAUGAUGGCGACACUCCAGGCUGAGGCCCCUCGCAGGGCGCCUGCAGUCCCCAGUCGGAGUAAGUGUGGGAACUGGGUUGCAAAGGCAGAAUGGGCUGUGGCCAAAGCCUGAGCAAGACAGAGCCGUGCCCGGUAGGACCCGACCCUACGGUGUCGUGAUAGAGUACGAGCGCUUUAUGGAGAUCGCCGGGGAAAUGGGAAGUAGCACAGCUGCACUGCGCCGCCUCGCCAGGCCCUGCUGCCCCCGGGCCUGGGCGCUGGAGGGAGACCACAACGCGGUGGCAGCAGCAGGAAGCGCAGGGCUGUAAAAAGUGCCCAGGCUGAGCUGUGCAUAAAUAAAAGGCAGCUUCGCUCGUGGCACUGGAA